UCAGUAGAAAACUUUCAGGACAAACAGGACGGGGAAAAAUGAAGGUUUGCCUUAUUCUGUUGUUGCUCUGUGUGAGCGCGGAAGCCAACCACGUUCUUCGCCACAUAAGCAACCCACCGGGAGCCCGCCACAUCCCAGAUGUACUAAGCACUCUUCUCGCUGCGCGCCACAUUCCCAUUGACCCUCCAACGGCGCGCCAUAUGCCACCUGCGGCGAGUCGCGGUCCACCAAAGGUCGCGGCAGCGUCAGAUCCCAUGGCAGUUCAGACCGAGGAAAGAAGAGCACCCGAUGGUAAACAGUCGAACACUCAAAAGGCUGUCCGAGGUGAAGGAGGAAUGUACAUGUGGCCUAUUGCAAUAAUGGAGGUGUCCUCUCUCUGGGGCCGGUGUGAACAGAUGAGUAUGACGAUGACUGCCAUGGAUAAUCUGUUUAAAGGCACCAUUGUGGGGAGGGUGUGUCCUGUCGUACAUAAAGUGCUCGAUGCUUAUUUGGAUUCGGACGACGAGACGCAGAUGGAGUUUGAAAGGCAAUGUACCAGUCACAUCCGACUGCUACAGUGCAUCGACAUAAUGUUUACGGAGCAUUGCCUCGAAUUCCUUCAUAUGACUACAGAAAACAGUCUGUUCCUGAGAGAAGCCGAGCCACUGUUCGAAAUGUGCGAGGAAGAGUUCGGCUCGUUUCAUACGGAACUUGACGAUUUUGAAGCGAACAUGGCCGACCUAUUUCCGGAUGCCCGAGCACUUGCGGUGAAAAAGAUGCUUAGGGAGCUAGUUGCGUUGGUUUCGAAGAAAAAAACCGAGAAGUAACUUACGGCAACUGAGCGGAGACGUCAACCAUCCGAGAGGAAAGUUCAUUUCAUUAAAAAAGCUAUAUAUCAUUAAGUGAAAACAGUUAAUAUCAAGUGUGCUUUGUUUAUUGCCGUGUGUUACUGAAUAAAAAUGUGGCUGGAA